AUAAAGGUGAAGAUUGACUAUUGAGUGUCGCCAAAGGUUGGUUGCGCUGGGCUAGCGGAAGUACAUGCAGUGCAAGAGAUAAUGGGUGCCAGUAAGCCUGACCUUGUUCUCUCUGGACACACCAAUGAUGUCAACAGUUGUGACUACUCAGCUGAUGGGCUUCUGGUCACCAGUGCAAGUGACAAGACAGUGCGCGUAUGGUUGCGGCAACCGGCAACGGACGAGUUCGUGGAGGUGGCCUACUCACCGCUGACAUACCACACGUACAGUGUGCACUGUGUGCGCUUCGCUCCCCGUGGGGGCAGCUUCAUCUCCUGCUCGACAGAUGGCACUGCUGUUGUAUGGAAUGCAAAGACGGGCGUGACGAUGUCGACGCUGCGCCACCCGUCGCAGUCGCCGCUGCGCGCCUGCUGCUUCUCGCCGGACGGCUCGCUGAUCGCCACGGCCGGCGACGACGGCGACGUGUGCGUCUGGAGCGCCGAGCAGCCGACCAUCCUGCUGACGCUGCGCGGUCACGAGGAGACCGUGUCUUGCCUGUCGUUCAACGGUGACGGCGCGCUGCUGGCAUCGGGCGCGCUGAUCGGCGAGCUGCGCCUCUGGCAGCCGCGCUCGGGCCAGACCGGUCCCGUCGGCGGCGUUCCUACCGCCCACGACCUGGGCGUCACCUCCUGCGACUUCAUGCCGCGCUCGGCGGCGCACGACGGCGCUGCCGACAUCCUGGCCAGCUGCGGCACCGACUGCGCCGUACGGCUGUGGACGGUGCUGCCGUCUGGCGGUGUGGCGCCGCUCACCUCCCUGCUGGCGCACACGGGCGCCGUGAUGUCGGUGCGCUUCUCGGCCGACGGCGCCCUGCUGGCCUCGGCCGCCGGCGACAAGACGGUCCGCCUCUGGAACACGAGCUCCUGGAGCCUGGUGAGCGCGCUGCACGGCCACCAGCGGUACGUGACGUGCUGCUGCUUCUCGCCCGACGGCCGCCUCCUGGUGUCCGGCUCCAACGACAAGACGGUGCGGCUGCGGCUGCUGGGCUGAAGGCACGCCGCCGGCCGGCCGCGCCCUC